UUCCGUUACUAAAACACGACCACCCUUGCCGACAGGCGAUAGCAGAUCAUUGUAAAGUAUAUAUUGGAUAUAAGAGUAUACUCGGCCCCGAAGGCAAACUGAAGAAUGGCAGAGGCGAUGGUCCAAGAUGAAAACAACACCCUCCGCAUUCUCAUUGUUGGGCAUACGGGCCAUGGAAAGAGUUCCACCGCCAAUUCCCUGCUCGGAUACAAAAAGAAAGACAAGAGAGGAUUCGUUUCAAAGCAGUCUUCCAAAUCUAUCACAACAAAGGCGGAAUCAAAGGUUGAAAUGCGGUUUGGACAUAGGCUUGAGGUGGUUGAUUGUCCAGGAUUUGCUGACACUUCAGGCUCUGAUGAUUUUAUUAAAAGAGAGAUUGGAAGGGCGCUUUUCUACACCCUUCCCGGUUUCCAUUGCGUUGUAUUUAUUUUGAGACCAGACCGCAUAACAGAAAGUAUCACACACACAAUUGAAUCAUUUUUUGACUUCUUUGGAAAAGACGUCGGUGCCUAUGCAUGUCUUGUCCUAACCCAUAUUCAGGAUGAUGCCGAGAUGACUGAAUAUAUAGAGUCAUUUGAACCAGUAAAACCUGAAGAGUCUGGAAAUGAUUUUUUGAAAAAUCUCAUUAAAUUGUGUGAAGGAAAGGUUUUGCCAAUUGAUAACAGUAACGAUAUUGAAGAUCGGGAGAAACAAGUCGAAACGAUAAUACAUAGAAUAGAUCGAAUGAAAACAGGGAAUAAACAAUCAUACUUUUCCAAUGAAAUGUUUGCAGCUGCAAUGGAAGCCAUUGACGAACGUGAAAAGAAAAUGACACAAAUACUAGACGAUAAGAAAAGAGAGCAAGAGCAAGAGAAGCAGAGACGUGAGGAGGAACUGAAAAAAUUACAAGAAGAAAAAGAGCAAAUUAAAAAAGAAGCAGAGUCCGAAAUUGAAAAAGAAAGAUUAAGACUCAUGGAAGAAAUGAAUGAGAAACGCAUUGAUCUUGAGUUGAAGUUGAAAAGCGAAAAGCAAAUGCACACUUUUGAAUUAGAAAGAUUGAAAAUGGAUAGAGAAAGAGAGUUGCGAAUGUUUGAAGAGCGUCGAUACAAUGAAAGACGUAAUGAGCACUUCAAUUACCUGUGGCAAAUCCAACAAACAAAGCAACAAAGUGAUUCGUCUACUGGUUGGUGCAGCUUAAGUUAGUUUUCAUUAACUUUAAAAUGAAAUGCAGGAAUGCAAAAGAGCCAUGGGUGAAUUUCGGUUACAAAUAUCUCGAAUUUUUGAUAACCUUUUCUACAUUUGACGUGACUCAUAAAACACUGAGCAUAAUAGUCCGAGAUAAAAUUGGUUAAUACGAAUUGGUGCUAUUAAAUAGCUAACUAGCGGGUUUCUUGAAAUGGACAAUUCACAUUGGCUGUUUACAAACCGUCUAACACAAAGUGAGAAAUACAAAUGGUUUCAUGUUUUCAUAGUUUUGUGAUGUAUAUGCUUUGAAAGAAUAUAUGCUGUUAUUUUAAAGCUAAUAAAUGAAAUAUUCAUAAUGACCGAGUUAUUUAUCUGCUGUUGGUAGAAUAUGCCUGAGCCCGAAUCGCGAAUGUCAAUAUUUCUGACUUCGGACAAAUAACUUGGAAAAUCAUCAUU